UCUCGAAAAGUCAAAUCUAAUUUGGAUAAAAAAUAUUAUCGAGCUUGUCCAUUGAUGAGACAAUUUUCAAUUGAGUGUGGUGCAGAAAUGCCUAAAACGUUAAGAGGUACUAUGCUUAGGAAGCAUAUAGCAACUUACACAUCAAUUUUAAAUAUUGGGGAAGCUUCAGUGGACACCCUCGCCAACUUUCUUGGUCACCACAAAGACAUCCACAAGAACCAUUAUCGACUUCCAGUGCCAGUGGCGGAAAUCACAACAGUUUCAAAGCUUCUAGAAUCAGCAGCAGGGUACGACGAACAACAAGAUGAUGAGGACGACGACGAAGGUGAUGAAGACCAAGUAGAUGAUGGAGACAGUGGUGAAGACAGCGGUGACGACGGCGAUGGAGAAAAUAAUGACGAAAGGGAAGAUGUUGAAGGUGGAGCUAUGGACAAUAAUUUGGAAUCAGAAUAUGAGGAAGAAAAUAAAACACAACCAACAAAACGUAAAAGAAACACCUCACCCUACGGAAAAACAAAACGAACACGUUGGACUUUUCACGAGAUGGAGGAGGAAUUGGGAGAAAUUACCUUUAUAGAAAAGCUGCCGUCAUUAAAAGCAUGCCAGUCGGCAAUAAAUAAAUAUGGUUCACUACGCCAUCGAAGCCCUCAACAACUUAAAUCAUGGCUUCAAAAUAAAAUGAGACAGAAAAAAAAUCUAAUUAACAGCUUUUUAAAAAUAUGUUUAUUUUAAUGCAUAAAAAAGGCUUUUAAAACAAAAAUCAAUUACUUUCCGCCUCACAGGGUAGGGGUUGAUCAAGUCAUUGAAAAUACCAAAUCUAUUAAAUGUUUUUACGGAAAAAAAAUUAGUACAUAAUUAAAGUACAAGAAGUGCAUUAAUUUAGUCAAUCACAACGUACUUAGUACACUCCAGUCCUUUUUGUUCAACAAAUGUAUUUAAUGUUAUUAGUUUUAAGACAGGUAUUAGUUUUAUUUUAU